AUGCCAGUGCAAGCACCACAAUGGACGGAGUUCCUGCUGUGCCCAAUCUGCACACAGACAUUUGAGGAGACUGUUCGUCGGCCCAUCAGCUUGGGCUGUGGACAUACUGUCUGCAAGAUGUGCCUGAACAAGUUGCACCGUAAGGCCUGUCCCUUUGACCAGACGGCCAUCAGCACAGACAUCGAGCAGCUACCUGUCAACACAGCCCUGUUGCAGCUGGUGGGAGGCCAGGUUCCUAAGGUUCAGCCAGUCGCCUUGAUUACCAGUCCAGAGGACUCGCAGCAUUAUGAGGAGGCCCGGCAGUGUGUGGAGGAGCUGGCCCUCUACCUCAAGCCCCUCAGCAACACCAGAGGUGUGGGCCUGAGCAGCACAGCCCAGAGCAUGCUGAGCCGACCCAUGCAGAGGAAACUGGUAACUCUGGUCCACUGCCAGCUGGUGGAGGAGGAGGGCCGCGUUAGAGCCAUGAGGGCAGCCCGCUCUCUGGGGGAGAGAACCGUCACCGAACUCAUCUUGCAGCACCAGAAUCCACAGCAGCUCUCUUCCAAUCUGUGGGCUGCUGUGCGUGCAAGAGGAUGUCAGUUUCUAGGGCCAGCCAUGCAGGAGGAAGCUCUAAAGUUGGUCCUUCUUGCUCUAGAGGAUGGCUCUGCUUUGUCCAGGAAGGUGUUGGUUCUCUUUGUAGUCCAAAGGCUCGAGCCACGCUUCCCGCAGGCCUCUAAGACCAGCAUUGGCCACGUGGUGCAGCUCCUUUACAGGGCCUCCUGCUUCAAGGUGACCAAACGUGACGAGGACUCAUCCCUAAUGCAGCUGAAAGAGGAGUUCCGUACUUACGAGGCUCUGCGGCGCGAGCACGACUCUCAGAUAGUUCAGAUCGCCAUGGAGGGUGGACUGCGCAUCGCACCUGACCAGUGGUCUUCUCUGUUAUAUGGAGAUCAAUCUCACAAGUCCCACAUGCAGUCUAUCAUAGAUAAGCUGCAGACCCCGGCGUCUUUUGCUCAGAGCGUCCAGGAGCUGACAAUUGCGCUGCAGAGGACCGGAGACCCCGCCAACCUCAACAGGUUGCGUCCCCACCUUGAACUACUGGCCAACAUUGAUCCCAGUCCUGAUGCUCCCCCUCCCACUUGGGAGCAGCUUGAGAAAGGCUUGGUAGCGGUGAAAACCGUGGUGCAUGGCCUGGUGGACUUCAUCCAGAACCACAGCAAGAAAGGAGCUGACCCUCAACAGCCGCCCCAGCACAGCAAGUACAAGACAUACAUGUGCCGUGACAUGAAGCAGAAGGGAGGCUGUCCUCGCGGAGCCAGCUGCACCUUCGCUCAUUCUCAGGAAGAACUGGAGAAGUAUCGUAAGAUGAAUAAGCGUCUGGCAGCUCGCCUUCCUGGCUCAGGUGGGCUCAUGACAGAUGAUGGCCUUCCUCUUGAUGUAGCAGUGACUAGGAAGCCCUCCCCACUCACCAAUGGUAGCGGUGGACCCUCUUUGCCUCAGCUUAUUGCCCGCGGCACAGAAUCAGUCCCGUAUGAACUGUUGCGUAAACCCAUGAAGAUGGAUGGAGGGAGUCCCAAUGCCCCAGGAUCACCACCAGAUGGCAUGGAUCCAAUGAUGCCCAAACCUGGUAUGCCACCACAUGGCAUGGCCCACCCCAGGAUGCCAGUAGACCACCUCUCUGGGAAGCACAUGCCCGUGGUAGCCAGAGGCUCGCCAGUGUACCCCCAGGCACCGCAUCCUGAUAUGUGCUACGACGCUCGCCCGCCACCUUCUGCUUCUCAGUAUGACCCCCCACAAUACCCCUCAGGCUACCCCUACCAACAGCCACCACAGUAUGUCCCUCGGGAUUACAUGCGUAACCCUCCUCCCCCUAGUGAGUCAGGACCUCCUUACCAGGACCCCUACCCUGGCUACGGCCCUCCAGAGCGCCCCUACCAGGCCCCUCACUCCGGUCCACCUUUCUCUUAUCCACACCCUCCACACCAUGACCGAGGUCGUCACGGGACCUACUCCGGCCCCCCACCUCCCCCGCAGCCUUACCCAUCUCAGAGGGAUGGCAUGGUUAGAAUGAGUCCCGCCCCUCUUGAUAUGCCCCCUCCAUCAACAGGACAGGGCAACUCCCUGUACCACCAGGAGCCCAGUAGCCGCGAUAGAUACCCUUCAGAUGGCUACUACACAGCAGGUGCCCAGCCUCCACCCAUGAGGACUUAUGUCAGAGGGCCAUCAUACAGCGGUUCUCAGCCCAGCCUGGACUACCUGCACCGACGCCGGCAGGAGCUGUUAUCCCAGUUGGAGGAAAGGAAGGUCAUCUCCCCUCCACCCUUCGCUGCCUCCCCCACUCUUCCUCAUUCCUACCCCGGUGAUUAUCCUUCAGAGUACGGCGAGGAAUCCAAAAACAUGGUGAAGUGCAGAGAACCUGACUACGCAGGGCAGUACUCUCCCUGGUCCUGUGAAACCAUUGGCUCCUAUAUUGGAACAAAGGAACCCAAACCCAAAGACGUAAUGGUUCCUGGUUCCAUGGACAUGAUGAAUGCGGAGGCUAAGAGUCUGAGGGAACAAUCGCUGGAAGCCCCUCGUAGGGGUGCAGAAGUCAAAGACGAUGACCCUAUUAUUCCAUUUGGCCCCCAGCCCACUGUUUCCCGCUUCGGAGCCAUCUCCCGCACCUCAAAGACGGGCUAUCAGACCGCAGGCCCUGUGCAGGCUAUGGCCUCCACCCCCCAGAACCCAAGCUCUAAACACAUGGCCAUGCCAGCAGAAUACCCAUAUGGAAGCCAUGGAGGAUGGGGUGGAGCUUCAUACCCCUCCCACCAGACAGCCUCCUCCUCUCAGGGACACUUCAGCGAGCGGCUACCUAUGGCAGCUACAGACAGAGAGCAGUUAAAGAUUGAGCUGCAGCAGGUCAACCAGCAGAUCAACCAACAGACCCAGAUGCGCAGCAUGGAGACUGCCAGUAACUCCAUGCUGCUGCAGAGGGAGGCAGGCCAGCCGGGCCAGGCCGCAGCUCAGCAGCAGAAGUGGCCAGCAGGAGGCGUGAGCACAACAUCUGUCUCCAGUGAACAGCUGAGCAUGGAGCUCCACCAGGUGGAGAGAGAGAUCGGCAAGAGGACCCGUGAGAUGGCCAUGGAAAACCAAGUCGCCCACGAUGUGCAGCAGUACAAGAUGAAACCCUCAGAGAAUGGACAACAAGAUCACAAGACUCAGCUGGAAGAAAUCUCCAUGGCUCUUGGCGAGGUGUCAAACGGCUCUAGCAGUCUGCAGGACAGUGCAGUGGGCGGGUCCAUGCUGUCACUGACCAAUAAGACGUCUGCGAUGAGCCUGUGCUCUGAUCCAGGUGCCACUGGUUCAGAGAUGCAGAAGAAUGGCGUCGUCCAUUCCUGCUCUUAGGCAGCACACACACACACACACACACACACACACACACACACACACACACACACACACACACACACACACACACACACACACACACACACACACACACACUCAAGAUGCUCAAUUGAAAAGCAUGCACAGGCACACAUACACCCAUUCUAUUUAGAAGAUGAGCAGUAUCUGCCGUGAUAUGAAUUUUCUUUCUUUUUGUUCUGUGAAUGAGCUUUUUUUAAUGACUUUCCUUGCCUGGAAACCAGAGCAUAUGAUAACAUUUCUCGUGUUAAUUUUUUUUUUUUUUUUGUACUGGGAUAAUAGAUUAACAAGGCUCACAAAAGAUAUACCAGGAAGAGAAAAUGGUGGUGAUGUUGACAGUGGUAUUGGUAUUACAUUCUAAAAAGAUAGGCCCUAUUCAAUCCUUAACUAACACAAAACAUAUUCAUGUAUUUGAUGGAUACUCCCUAGAUAAGAUUUUUGGUUUAGCUUACAUGUAGACGAAGGGUUGGAUAACAAGGAGCAGAUUACCAAUCACUCUGAGAAACUUCUCUGUAAUCUGACGAUAUAUGAAGGUAUUGUAGGAAACGGCAGAAGUGUGUCACUUGGUACUCAACCCCAUAAUCGUAAAAAAAAAAAGAAAGUGGUUGUCCAGAUGUAGAUGGUCUGAGGAGGAAAACACAGUAUUCAGUAUUCAGCUGAAAAGGAGAUGCAAGGUGUGACAGGAACUACCUUCACAUGCACGUCCUCACCUGCCACAAGAAGUAUGAUUUUAUUAGUGCAUUUUAUGAACACAUGUCUGUUUCAUACUUGAGAGCAGUAUAUAAUAUAUUUAAUUGAAGCAUUCUGUUUUAAGGAUUGCAGCAAGUCUUUUUGAUAAUGAGCUUUCCACAUGUUUUCUAUAAGGGAAUCUAUUAUGUGCUUCUCUUGGUCGUGGUGUGACCUGAUGUGGUUCGGUUGCAAUGCCUGAGCUCCCAGCUGAUUUAUGCCGUGAGAUUUUUCACAGCAUGCUCAAAAAUGUAGGUUUUUUUUGGGUGAAUGCACAUGAUCAGGCUGAGAGAGAGUACAUCUGUCUUCCUCAGGCAUCAGGUGAAUGUUGGUCUUUUAUAACGCAGGCUAAAUAAGGAUUUCCCUCCUCAGAGCUUCUUGUCUGGCCACACAAAAGGCCUCCCCAUUGGGAUUAUCUUGUCAUUUGUUCUCCUAACUUCUAUGAAGUUGCCUUCCCUUGUGUUUUUUGUUAAAUUUUGUUUUCUUUUUUCAUGCUUUACGUUGUUACGAUUUGGGGUGUGGCUUACCUAGUGAAGGCUUUUUAGAGCUUAGCUGAACGCGUGUCGUCAUGAAGUUGUAGAAACCCAGAUGUUAUGGUUUGUACCCUGUAACUGUAUCAUUAUGAGCUAAACAGUACAUUUAAAAUCAUGUAAACAGCUGAGAAUGACUGUUGGUUACUGAGGGGUAAACAAAACCAACUUUCAAAGAUAGAUUUCCAAAUAGUUAGCAGUUGGUCGAUUUGAUAUGUUAAUUUAUAACCCGUUGAGUAUAAAUCCAGCCCCUUUAUUGCUGAGUAUUACAAGAUUCAAUCCACAUUGUCCUCUUUACACCUAAUGUCAACAUCACCACCAUUACCACGAUUCUAGCUCUUCCUCCAUCAUGUAAACUGUUUACUGCUGAUGCUCCACAUUGAGCUCUUUGCCUUUUGUAAACAAUUAGCAUGGUUGGCUACAGUUUUACAGCUCUGCUGAGAGCGAGUGAGUCCUUGUGUUUGAACGGUUGAAGGAUAGAGGAGACGCUCUGGGUCAAGUCAUUUAAGUUUAACGUUGGGCCUUCGUCUCGGUCAGACGAGGGGUACAAAGUAACUGACAGUUUGACAAAUCCCCUGAUAACUGAUGAGUCAAAAUAAUAAAGACACAUUUUUUGUGUCUCAUCUGAACUGUUAGAUGGGCAUCUCUUCCAAUUUGUCAGCGCCACGAUAAUGGAUGUUUGGGUUUUUCUUUUUUUAAUUUCCUACCACACUUCAAGCCUCUGGCUGCUCCUUGCUACAUUUAUUGUUUAGGUACACAGCUCACUUAUACAUAUGAGUAUGUAUACAUACAUUAAUAUACUAAAGCACUAUUAAUGUGCCACCUCUUAUUUUACUCGCUCAGCAUUUAUAUUAAAUGAUCUCUACUUAGAAUCAGCAAAAUGUUGUUGUUUAUUUUUGUUGUUUGAUUUGUUUUCUGUCCACUGGUUGCCAACACAGACUUUAUCCUUUCCCAGACGAAGGACUUCUGUGCGCAUUGAUGUGUGUUCACUUAAUCUUUUGUGUUCAAACAAAGAUGUUCUUUAUAGACUAUGCUUCCGAAGAAGACAACAUUCUGUAACUUUGGAAAAUGAGACGUUUUGUGUGUGCUAGAAUGAAUUGUAGAAAAUGUACCCUUAAGUUUUUUCUCCCCUCAAAGUGUGCUGUACUGGGUGAUAGUUUUGAGGUAUUAGCAAAGUGUUGGGGUUUUAUUCCCACCCCUGCCCCCAAGAGGAUAUUCAGGAAUCUCUGAUGACAGGUUGGCCUUAAAUCCUCUUGCUAUGCUCUUUAGCUGCUUUAGGAGCAAGAGGUCAUCUCAAAAAUACUGAUUAACUAUAAAUUGGCAUGAUUUAGAGUCGUACAGAGGGACUCUAUUAGACCCCCCCCCCCUCUCCCUUUUGAAAAUGUCUUGUAAAACAGCAACAUGCAAAUAAUGCAAAUCGUAAGAUUUGAAGAAAGUGUUUUUUAUUAUUUUUUAAGGAAAUGUUGUUGACCUAGCUCGGUUUGUAGUUCUUUUCUCUUUCUCUUGUUUUUUUGUUUCUGCAAUAGUUGAGUGAAUUUACUGACCUGCAAGUCUUACAUUCUUUGAUACAUCAUCGACCUGAUGUGUAGUCAACAGCUAAGAGUGACAUUCACACAAUAGUGUUCUUAUUUGACAAGUAUUUACAAUAUAUUGGCCCACCAGCUUAAUUGUGCUGUUAAAAUGCCAUGAAUUGGCAACACAUGGUGUUCAUUUAAUGACAUUUCUCACUUUCUCUGAGUGCAAGUCAACCAAAAAGAUCACAAUGCUGAUUCUAUCUGAUUGUCCCUGCAGGUCUGAAUGAGCCUAAAACGCCUUUAGCUUAUCAGAACUGCCAUACAAAGACGCAUGGGGUGGUUUACUACAGAGAAAAUAGCAAAGAUGUUCAUUUCAGUCUCCUGUGUGUUUUUGUUUCUGAGUGGAACUGCUGCCUCGACCCCUCAUUUACACAACCAGUUAACCCCUCCACUCCCGCCCUGACCACUGAACUCUGUUACUGCUGUUCGAGGCUCACAUUUUAUUCCCUGACUUUCUGGGGAAAUUCGCAAAUGGCUAUUUUAUAUGAUUACUCCCUUGUAAAAUAUCUCUUAAAUUAAGGUACAGGUUUGAUUUCAGCAAGAAAAAAGAAGUUUUUAUAUGUAUAUUAUACUCCAUUAAGGAAUGUCUAGAAUUAUCUUCCUCCAAUGUGGAUGUAGCCAUUAUUACGCCAUUUUAUGACUUUGUAAGAGAAUUCACUGUGUGAAAAUUGGUUUGCAUUUUUGUAUAAUACAAUCUGCUUUUUUUUUCGUUUGAUACGAGAGGGAGGUCAAACUGGAAGUUUGAAGAGAGAAAAAAUGAACCUGUGAAAUUGAGAAAACAAAGUGUAACUUAUGUACAACAGUGAUUCUAAGCUGAGGGGAAAGAUUAAAUGAUAUUGCUAACUCUGAA